AUGGCGCUAAAAAGCGUGGCAGUGCUGACGAAAGGCAUGUUCGGAAGAAUGCCGGCUCAGGUGGGUUUUUCCCUUCCUCUUCCGUAAUGGGGUUAUUCAGGCUGUGAAAAAAAUGAUUGUUUUCAUUUUUUUUCGUUUUUUUACGUCAAAAAAUCCAAUUCAGCGAUGUAAAAAAACGAAAAAAACGGAAAACAAACAUACGCUGAAUAGCCCCAUAAGUUCUAUUCAACCGAUUUCAGCUUGCCGUCAGCAGUGUUCCUUCCAACACGAUUCAAAAGCGUUCCAACUACAAGUACGUCGGAAUGCCUAAUGAAACCGACGGAACUGUUGCCGGUGAUUUGAACUACGGACUCCACACUGUCUUCUUCACUGAGCUGUUCAGAGGUUAGAAAAAUCUGUGAAAGAUAUUAUUAAACCAUUUUCCUCAAAGGAUUUGGAGUUAUGCUCGGUCACGUUUUCAUGGAGCCAGCUACCAUCAACUACCCCUUCGAGAAGGGACCGCUCAGCUCCAGAUUCAGGUACGUAGUCUUCUGAAUCGCACGGUCAGCAGUACUUUCAGAGGAGAGCACGCUCUCCGCCGGUACCCUUCCGGAGAAGAACGAUGCAUCGCUUGCAAGCUCUGCGAGGCCAUUUGCCCGGCUCAAGCAAUCACCAUCGAAGCGGAGACGAGACCGGAUGGCAGUCGUCGUACCACUCGAUACGACAUCGACAUGACCAAGUGCAUCUAUUGCGGACUCUGUCAGGAGGCAUGCCCCGUAGACGCCAUCGUCGAGGGACCGAAUUUUGAAUACUCGACGGAGACGCACGAGGAACUGCUGUACAACAAGGAGAAACUGCUUCUGAAUGGUGAUCGCUGGGAGCCGGAACUGGCUGCUAACCUUCAGGCUGAGUACCUCUACCGCUGA